UUUUAUUUUGUUAUUUAAAUUUAAGGUUAGGUCUUUUAGCACCUACUUUUUAAAUGUUUUUGUGAAUACAAGUGUUAAUUCACGUGCAUUUCAUAUUUGUGCAAAACUAGUAACUUAAAUUAAAGCAGUUUGGAAAUUUAUUACACCUAAUAAGCAUAGCAUAUGUUAGCAAAUGCAUUUUUAAAGAAUUUUACUACUCGGUAUAUAGAAAAAAUCACACCAAAUAUGAUUCACCUUAGAAAAUUUUCACACAAAAUUCGCACUUUAUUGUAUCAUGUAUUUAACAGAAGAAUAUACCAAGGUAUCAUCCCUAAUUCUACAACCAAAGUAUAUUUGCCAAACCCAGCGAAAAAACGAAUAAAAAUGAAGCAAUCAGAAUCUCAGUUACCAUAUGUAGAAAAAACUCUUGGCCCUCGAAAAAAUAGACUAGAUAUACAGAUGCUCUCAAAAGCAGUAUAUGACCAAAUUUUUAUUGAAGGAUACAAAGAUACUUGCAAUGUUCAAACCAUAGAACAAUGUCAAAAAGAGUUAUUGAAACACAACAUGUGCAGCAGUGAUAAAGAUCUUCAAAAAGAUGUUAACCUCAAAAUUCCUCCGUUACAUGGAAAAAAUAUUGAAGAACAUUUUAAAAUAAUUGGGGAGGAGCAGGUACUACCGUAUCGAGAUUUAGUAUCCCAAUUACUUGAAAAUUUACCAAAAGCGCCCGAAAAAUGGCUCAUGCAAAAUGGUUGGACAAGAUAUGCACCAGGUUUAGACCCUGAGAAAGUACCAUAUCCUUUGGAGGAAGCUCUAGUUUUUGAUGUUGAGGUAUGUAUGAUGGCAGGUAAAGCUCCUACACUAGCAACAGCUGUAAGUAAUAAAGCCUGGUAUGCUUGGGUUAGUCCAUCUGUGAGAGACGGUACUUAUAAACCAGUAACACAUCAUGAGUAUCCUUUAUCUGCUUUUAUUCCUAUGGAGAGUAGUCCCGGUGACACUGGUUUGAAUCUGACGGAAUAUCAGAUCAAACCGAAAGUUAUCAUUGGACAUAAUGUUUGCUUUGACAGAGCGAGAAUUAAGGAGCAGUAUUGGUUGAAAAGAACAGGUACAAGAUUCAUAGAUACUAUGAGUUUACAUAUAUGUGUUGGUGGCGUAACCAGUUACCAACGGGCAGUUUUGAAAUCUCAAAAAUUUAUUGAGGAGGAUGAGGAUUGGAAAAAUUGCAGUUCUCUAAAUAAUCUAGUUGAUGUUUACAAGUUGUAUUGCGGCAAAAGCAUAACUAAGACGAGCAGAGAUAUUUUUGUCGAGGGUACCAUGUCUGAUGUAAAAGAGAAUUUUCAACAAGUAAUGACAUAUUGUGCAGGUGAUGUUAUUGCUACGUACGAGAUCUUGAAGGAAUUGUUUCCUAUGUUUUUAGAAAGGUUUCCGCAUCCGGUCACACUGGCAGGUAUGUUAGAACUGAGCACCGCAUAUUUGCCUGUGAACUCGAACUGGCCUAGGUAUGUACAAGAGUCCGAACAGGUUUACGAAGAUCUGGAAAGAGAAGGAAAACUUUUGCUAGCCCGUCGAGCAGAUCAGGCCUGCCAGCUACUGCACAAUGAAAAAUAUAAAGAAGAUUUGUGGAUGUGGGACCAGGACUGGACGGUAAAAGACAUCAAAUUGAAAACAAGGAAAAAGCAACUUAAGCAAGAGGAGAAAACGGUAGAAACUGUUAAGGUCAACAAUGAUGAAAAUGAGGGAGUUGAUCCUCUGGAAGAAAAGUUUAAAUGUGAUAGCAAAGAAUGUGUACCUAGUAAUACGCCAUUGCCGGGUUAUCCGAACUGGUACAGAAAACUUUGCCCAAAACCUGAUUCAAGCCCUGGUUGGGUUCCAAGGCCUACUUUAAUUAGCACUUCAAUGCAAAUAACACCGAAAUUACUUUCGUUGACUUGGGAAGGUUACCCCUUGCAUUAUAUCAGAGGAAAGGGCUGGGGAUUUUUGGUACCUUUUACAGACGAUGUUGAUGUACCAAGAAAAGUACCUUUGAAACAGCUGAUAGAAAAGUGUCCACUUUUACCAAGUAAAGAUGGAAGCAACAGCUCAGAAGUGCUUCAUAACAUUCAGAAGUCAGUAGAAGAACACUUGAUGAAAAAAGAGUACUAUGCCAGGUUAAAACAGAACAAAGCACAAGAUUUGUAUAAAGGGUCAGGAAUUUGGUGUAAUACCGUAGUUGAAGAUUGCUGUUGGUUUUUCAAGUUACCCCAUAAAGAUGGGCCUUCUCAUAAUGUGGGAAAUCCACUGGCGAAGGAUUUUUUAAGUAAAUUUGCUGAUAACGUAUUGGGAGGUGAUACCGAAAGCGCUGAGAAGGUUAUGGAAAUAGCGAAACAGUUAUCUUAUUGGAGGAAUAACAGGAAUCGAAUACUGGAUCAGAUGGUGGUCUGGUUGGAUAAAGCAAACUUGCCAAAAGAGCUGCAAAAAAAAGGUGACACUUAUGGUGCAAUCCUGCCUCAAAUUGUUAUGUGCGGCACUUUGACACGAAGAGCUGUCGAACCCACAUGGAUGACGGCUUCCAAUGCUAACAAGGACAGGAUAGGGUCAGAACUCCGUGCGAUGGUGCAAGCACCUCCUGGAUACAACAUUGUAGGGGCUGACGUGGAUUCUCAGGAGCUCUGGAUCGCUUCUGUCCUGGGAGAUGCACACCACGCGAAAAUGCACGGAUCCACUCCCUUGGGUUGGAUGACACUCAGCGGAAGUAAGACCGCUGGUACGGAUAUGCACAGUGUGACGGCCAAAGCAGUCGGAAUAAGCAGAGACCACGCCAAAGUUAUAAAUUAUGCCAGAAUAUAUGGUGCAGGGCAACAUUUUGCCGAACGUUUAUUGAAACAAUUCAACCCCAGUAUGUCCGAAACGGAAGCUAGAAGCAAAGCUAAGAAGAUGUUCACUCUAACGAAGGGAAGGAAAGUGUUUUUCUUGAAACAGGAAUAUCUGCAAGAAUUUGCUGAUCAGCCCUACACGAAGUGGCAGGCUUUCGAAACCGCCAAGGCUUGUGGGAAAACGGUAGACGAAAUGUUUCUCAGAUCUAAAUGGGUGGGGGGUACCGAGUCGGCUAUGUUCAACCGCCUUGAAGAGAUCGCUAACAGCGAAGAGCCAUGCACGCCUUUUCUGAAAGGCAGACUCAGCAGAGCCCUAGAUCCAAAAACCAUGGCGGAAGAUAGGUAUUUGCCGACGAGAGUAAAUUGGGUGGUGCAAAGUGGAGCAGUGGACUUUUUACACCUGAUGUUAGUUUGUAUGAAAUGGAUUUUAGGCGACAAUAUACGGUUUUGCCUUAGCUUUCACGACGAAGUUCGUUAUUUGGUACCGGAACCGUACAAGUACCAGGCAGCUCUAGCUCUGCAUGUCACAAAUUUACUGACAAGGUCAUUCUGCUCCUAUCGGCUAGGCUUAAAUGAUCUUCCUCAGUCAGUUGCGUUUUUUAGCUCUGUCGAAGUUGAUAAAGUUUUGAGGAAGGAGUCAAAACAGGAUUGCAUAACACCUUCGAAUCCCCUUGGUUUAUCUAAGGGUUACGGUAUUGAAAAUGGAGAGGCGUUGAAUAUUUACGAAGCUAUAGACAAAGCUGGAGGAGACUACAUGUGGUGGGGCGAUAGGCGAUCGGAAAAGAAAAGAAAUGUCAAGAUCAUCAGUAAGAAAGCAGGUGCUCAUAGAAGCACUACAAGAUGACGAUUCUCUCCCUACGGAGAAUCAAAAAAUUGUCCGCGUACUCAAAAGCAGGGGAAACAACCUGCACGAGGUAGAAACCCCUGACGAAUCCAUCCUGCUCG